ACAACUUUCUCGAUCACAAUCAGUAACAUAAGUAGCUGUGGAGUGUUCUUGCUCCUCCGUGGAUUAGUCCUGGGAAACCGGGGAUACCACGUAAAUCCGACUGUCCAGUUAUUCGUUUUCAUUUCCGGAACUGUUCAAUUAUCAUCAUGGUAUCAGAGCUAGCCGUGACCGAUUCUAAUCGAUCGUCUGUUAAACGCACAUCGACGAACUAUGCUUUGUGGGAGUUUCAAUUCAGGGUGUUUGUCGAGGGUAAGGGAUGGCUUGGCAUACUCGACGGACAAACCCCAAAACCGGCAUCACCACCCGCGUGUGCUCAAGAAAUCGCAAUAUUGAAGCAAAAUGAUGCCCGCGUGCGAUCGUUGUUGCUCAGCUCGGUGGAUCCUUCCACCUGCCUCAGUCUCCGUCUCUUCCCUACAGCCAAUCAUAUGUGGAGACACCUAGCAUCGACAUAUUCCACUACAAAUUCAGCCCACCAAUUUGAGGUACAAACAGCCCUAGCUCGUCUUGAACAAGGAGACAAAUCUGUUACUGAUGACUCGGUAUUUGCACAUGUUUUCCCCUUUGUUUCUUGAUUGUUUGAGCUUGAAUUAUCGUGUCUUUGGCCUAUUUUAAGCUAGGUUGUAUUCCUUUGUCACAUUUCAGGUCCUAGCACAUAAAGUGAAGCAUAGGCGCAAGUUUCAAGUCAAUCAGAGAUCAAUUGACGAUUCGGGAGAAGAAACUCGGGUAUGACCUGAAUAAGAAUGGAUUUCUACCUCACAUUGUGGACAAAUCAUCAUGCAAGCUUGUCAUGAAAAGAAAGAGGACGAGACUACGAGCGUCUGGGAUCAAACGGCGACUGAUUCGGAGUCCGGACGAGGGAGAAACGAAGCAUUAAACAGAGGUUCAGCAAGCCACACGGGCACAACCCACACGGCCGUGUGACCUGGCCAUGUGGCCGUGUGGAAAUCACCGAGCCUUCACACGGGCAGCUGGGAAAGCCACACGGCCGUGUGGCCUGGCCGUGUGAGUCGGGAAAUGCUGUUUAAAACCCGAUUUUCAGCAAAAGGAAAGGGGGAGAGCUAGGUUUUGGAUCCCAAACACCCAAGGGACGAACCCUAGAGAGAGAGCGCGACUUGGGAACAUUCUUGGAGCUAUUUUGGAGGAUUUCUUCGCCAUUGGAGCUCGGGAAUCAAGCUUGGAGAUGGAGAUUGAAGAUCUAGAUCAGAUUUCUGCAGUCUCUCUCUUCUCUAUGGAGUAACUUCCCUUCACUUAGGUUUUGAGGAACCUUAGUUCCAUGAGUUAGGAUCUUUCUUGUAUGAAGUUUUGGAUGCUAUAUUGUUUGAUUAUAAUCGAAUGAUGCAUGUUUAUUGAGUCAAUUGAAGUCUGAUCAACUUUUCCUGAUUCCUGCUGCAAUCUGAGAUAGAUAGAAUCUGAUUAGGUUGCUAGAGUCUCAUCAUUCGGUAGUAGGAGAUUGGCUAUACGAGAGUUAGCCAGUUUACUGCUUUGUACUGGAAUCUAAUUCCAGUAGUGGAGUUCUGUUCUUACUGCUUCAGCUUUCUAUCCCGGUGAAGACUAGUCGUCUGCCAGAUAGUUAGACUGAGAGGGCUUGGUCAGCUUAAGAGAUUCCAAGCUACUGUCGGAUCUUCCGCAGUUUAAUCAACAGUAAAUCAACCAAAAGGAAUUACAACUUGGACCUAAUUGAGGAGCUAGGGGGAAUCAUACCUAACUGAGUUCCCAAACUGUAAUUAGUAGUUUUCCUUAGUUUAGUUAGUAGAGUAGUUUAGUUAAUCAAUUCUUAAUCUAGUUUGCUAGAUAAUGAACUGAAGCUGAGUAAUAGUAACUCUAGAGACCCGUGGAUUCGAUAUUUAUUACUUGUGCCACUAUACUGCAGUCCCUUUCAUUGGUUACACUUGGCCAUUGUUAGGUGUUGUGUUUUAGAGCAUCAAGUUUUUGGCGCCGUUGCCGGGGACUUUCUAGAGUAUUAGGAAAGGCAGAAGUUUGUUACUUUAGCGUUUUUCUUUUCUUUUCCACCCUUGCUUUUCACUUGGGUGUUUUUGUUUUUGUUGGUGCAGAUCUGAAUCAUGGAUCCUAAUGGCUUCUCCAAUCAUUGGGGGUAUCCACCACCAUCCGGGUGGUAUUACCCCGCGACUCCCUACAGCAAUCAAGGAGGAGAAGACUAUGGAUUCGGGUUCCAGUACCAACCCCCUUACUACGGAGAACAAUCAGACCCCUGGGCAUAUCAAGAACAACCUCAUUACCAAGAAGACUUUCUCCCACAACCAGAAGGGCCACCGGAGCUGGAGUUACCCAUGGCGGCCUUCACGGGCCACUCUGCAGAGCCAUGCUACACUUCACUGGAGGAUCCGAACGAACAAUUAAGACUUCUCGUGGAGCAGUUUGCUCGAGACACUGAGAGAUCAUGCUCCAAGAUGGAUCUUCAAAUCAAAGCCCUUGCCACUUCCGAUCCCUCAUUUCUCCAUGAUAUGGAGGAGACUGUUCAGCGCUCAGCGAAGCAAACAGAGUGGGUGAAGCAAGUUUGCUCACAUCUUGCUCAAGAUCACCUUUCUGCUACCACGCUAGAAGAGGUGGAGGAUGACAAAGGCUAUGGGAGCGUUGAGGAGCAUACAGAAGUUAUCAUAGAGAACUCCCAUGAUAACCAUGAUCAGGAAAGUCCUUUGGUUGCAGACCACACCUUUCCUCAUUUAUGCUCUAGCAUGCUGGGCCCGUGCGAGGAGAUGCAAGAUGAUCCCAUUGAAGAAAUUGCUUGGCGACUUGCUCUCCAAUCUGUUCUAGAAGAAGAAGAGCGAGCAAGGAUGAGGAAGGAAGUUGUGUAUGAUGAAGAAGAAAGAAAAGAAGAGGUGGUUCUUGAUCUUUUCCCAGGGGAGAGACCACAUUUUGAAGAAGGAAGGGGGGUUCAGGAAGCAAUUGGCGUCCAGGCUGAGGAUGAAGUUGAGGUGGAAGAGGCAUGCAACGGCCAUGAGUUGCAAGUAAUAUCCCCACCAAACUUUGAGGAACUGCUUGGCAAGGACCCAUUUGCAGUGUCUCUUUGCCAGACCAAGGCCACAUCGACAUCGGUCCCUCUUGGUGGACGCGAUGGUGGUCGGUCGAUGCUGUCAUAUCUGGUUUGGGGCAAUGAGACGAGAGAAGAGAAGAAGAGGUCUCGAGGGUGGAGACUUCAUCUGCAUCAAGUACAUGAGCCUUCAUCACCUGCCACACCACAUGCUCGUGACUUGAGACUCCACCUCAUCGACGAGAACCUCAACUUCAAGGAGGUUCUAGCAUGGACCGAAACUUAGGAGCCAUCGUCCGGCUCACGACGUGAAAGAAGCGCUUGUUGGGAGGCAACCCAACCAGUCGGUUUGCAUUUCUUUCUCUAUUUCUCCUCGGUUGAGUCAGUUUUGUUAUUUGAUUUUAGAGUCAAUAACUCAACCUUUGUGAGAUUUUGUGUGGUGUUUGUGUUCUGAUUACUCUCUCUUCCUGGAAUGCACUGCCUGACCCGUACAUCAUCAUUCACCCUUGAUCUGGUAACUUCGUUCUACCCUCCUUAUCUUUCCUUCAUUGAGGACAAUGUCGUGCUUAAGUGUGUGUGUGUGGGGGGGGGGGGGGGUUUGAUUAUGUAUGCGGGUGAAUGUUUGGCUGUUUGUGUGCUUGGAGCCUAGUCCACUGUCCAAAUUUUUAAAUUUGAGGGCUCCAAGUACGUGUUUCCUUGCAAAUUGCCUGCUCAGUAUGCUUUGAAUUGACAGUCUCUAUAGUAAUGUGCAACCUAGGGAGGUAGUGUAGCACUAUGGAGGAUGUUGAAGUAUAAGAUUUUUCCUAUCUAGCUCUCUGUUGUGCCAGUUGAUUUUGUGAAUUAGUGGAGCUAAGACCGUUGAAUUCAUGUGGUAAUGGUGACUCUGUUUGGAUUAUGUUAUGGACUCGUGUAUCGAACAGGGUGCUCAUAUGGAAAAUGGGAAGCAGUUGGUCCUCCAUGUCAAAAUCAUUAAAUCUUAAACAUGGGG